AUGGGCGACUUCAAAAUCGAAAUGACAAUUUUUUUGAGCUUAGGAGUAGCCGUAUUCUGUGUAUGCAUAAUUAUGAUAAUUCCCUUUUAUUUUUCAAUCCUUAAAAUUGAAAAUACUCUUUGAAACAAUAUAAGGGAAAAAGCCUAUAAAAGAUACUUUGAGCUUAAACAAACAAUUUCUGAGAGACUAAAAGAUGUUCACUCUCAUCCAGCUAUUGAGCUUAAUGACCGGCAUCAUUCUGAAAAACCAUUUUCUUUUAAAAGUUACUGAAAUUAUAUGAUUUUAUGAAUUAAAUUCUAAUAAAAAAAUAAAAUUCGAUAUUUAUUAUAGAAAAAAUUCUUGAACAGGAUUAAAAUAUUUUUUUUUUAAAUCAAUGUGAUAAUUUAUAUAUGAAGAGUUUUUAUAUACAUGGCCGCUGUUUUUAUAUUUUCAGUUGUAAAUAUUAACUAUUUUUAUGAUAAAUGUGCAGAUUAUUUAUUAUAUAGGCCUGAAGUAUUGAAAAAUUUAAUAAAUUUACAAAUUGCACAUACUAGUUUGAGCAUAUGAACAAAUGAGGCUGCAUAUGGGAUUUUGGGAUGGCCUAUGAGGUUACAAUUUCCAUAUUCUUACCCUUUUGAAAAUAGCAAAGAAAUAUUAAAUGAAGUUAUUUCAAAAAUUAACUAUUCAAACUCUGCCAUCCAUAAAAAAGAAUAUUCUACUAUUUUGUCUCAUACCUUUGAGCACAUUUUUUAUGAAAGUAAUCAGGACUUUUUAACAGAUAUUUUCAAUUUGGGGAUGUAUACAUCAAAGUUAAAUAUAAUAAAUGAAGCAAAUUUGAUCGCAAAUAAUUUGGCUUCGCAAGACGUGUGGUGGGGUUUUAAUUCUGCUCUUCGAGAAUUAGAUAGGAAAUAUAAUUCCUAUAUUGAAGAAAUUGAUAAGCACUCAAAGAAAGUGAUUAAUGACCAAAUGCAAAUUAUCGUGAUCACUUUGGCUGUUUUUAUUAUCUUUACUUUGAUUUUAUAUUUUGGGUUUUAUUUGGUAUUUUUUUGGGGUGAAAAAAAUUAUUUGAAGAAAAUUAAUUCAGUGAUGGAGAUUAUGCCCCAACAAUUUGGAUAA